UCCACCCAUUUGACCACUGUCGGAAGGAUUGUUUCCUGUGAUGCAGAGGAGAAAGCUGCACAUCUUUCAGAGGCAGGCAAGCAGGAGAAGGAGGAGGAAGCGUCAAGCUUUCAAUGCCCGACUGAGGCUGCUGUCAUCCUUGAAGGCUGGCAGAAAACUUGGGAGCAGCCGUCGUCAGCGAACUACCAGGGCAUUCCACCACAAGACGUCCGGUGGCUGAAGGAAAAUGAGGAUUAUGGAUUGUAUAAAGCAGCCGCAGCACAUAAAACCAAAAGUGGAGAAAUCGUCAAGCGGAAACUGCUGAAGGACAAGAUGGAAUUCAACCCUCCUCCUGUUCCGACCUAUUUGGGUGGCUCAAUUCCAAAUAUGUUUUCCUUUUUCACUGCACCUGUCUUCUUUUGGCGACCUGUUGGCAUUCUGCAUGCAAAAAUCUGGUGCCCAAACACCAACUGCCCCGCCCUCCAAACACCUUUCUUAUCAGGAAAGGUUACUCGUCUUCUGCACGACAGGUUUGUGGCCUCAAGUCCUUUUACACUCUCCUGUCAGAGAGACUGCUGUGCACGUACUGUGAAAGGGUAAGAAAUGCCGGGGAAAAAGCAGGUGACGUGAGCAGAGAUCAGGACCCCCAGCAGCAGUACACCUGGCUCGCAUCAAGCCCAUGGAUUCUAAUGAAUUUGGCUCCAGCAGUACAGCACAUGUUUCCAGCCAUACUGUGUGGAAAGCGCUCCAUCGAUAGAAGCCCAGUAACCUUGCUCCAUGAUCGCAUUAACUCAGUCAGCAUGAGCAAAGUGCAGCGGCUCAUCCAGCAGGGACAUGAUGAGUGGCACAUGCGUGACGGGAGAAAUCCUGUGCAUCGACGCCACAAAGCAGAUACUGAGAAAGAUCUACGGUGACGGCCAAGCAACAAUGCAGUUCCUCACGAGUGUCUUGAACGACUGGGGUCAAUUUGUGACCACCGUUGUGAUGACGUCAGACUCUGAAGACUGCUACAAGAGAAUGGCCCGCGGACUGACUGCCAGGUUCAAGCGCGCCCAGGCACCUGCUCCAAAAAUCCUCUACGCAGACAGCCACUGCUGUUGUGACGGAGGCACGUCCAUGCUGGAAUCCUUGUUUGCUGACUGGAUUGAAGAGGGCAUGGUGAUCCGGCUUGACAUUCGUCACUGGCUGCACCGUUGGGAUGCUGUGGUGAUCAGGCAGACUCACGCCAAGUAUGGAGCCUUCAUGAGCGCCAUGGCUGGAGCCCUGCUGGCCUACAACCAGGCAGAUAUGCGACUGCUGAUCUCUGCUGUUCGGAAUGGCAACAAAGAAAUGUACUCCAAGUACAGCGAUGAGGAGAUGAUUUCCUUUUUGAAGCCAAACCAGAUCAAGAGCUACGUUCACCGUGUGACCAGGGGUGUUGAGAACAGCGCUGUUGCUGUGGAGUUCAUCUUGGAGCACUUCAAGGGACCAGCUGGGAUGGACAUUGAUGGGAUCCCUUUGUUUAAGGAUGACGCCGCUGUCAACAGUCACUGGGCAACUGCAAGCAAACAUCUGAGGACCCACCUGGCAUACCGUUGUACAUCAGCACCAAGGUCGUGA